UAUUAAAAUAGCAAAAGAAUUGAGUACUCACGUAACAAAAAAUUCCUACUGUAAAUUUAACUUGUACGUGACUUCCUUUGGCACAAUUUAUCCAAAGUUAACAUCUUGGACAAUGGUAGCGGAAUUAGCGGGCAUUCCGGUAGUUGUCAGCGGUAAAGACAAGUCAUCAUCUGGAUUGACCGAGUCUUGUGAAUCAGAAGCGAGUGAAGAAAAAAAUAACCGGCCAAGAUGGAUUAGAACAGCAACGCGUGAUCCUGUUUACACAGUUCUUGACCAUCGAAAUCCUAUUUAUAAAAAUAACAACAACAACAAGUGCUUAGAAAUAGCGAUAAGUGCUGUAAUUGUGAAAAGUGAAGAAGAAAUUAAAGACUUAGAGCCGCUGUACAGUGUUGUUAACAAGCCGUCAAAGCUUGACGUUAAUUUGACCAAAGAAGAAAAGGUAAGAGAAGAAAUACUGAGCAAGCAGCUAGAACUUCACAAGUGGCUUGAGUCAGGAGUCGCUGAAGAAAUAUUAAUGGAGGAAAAACCGGACCCUUGGGCAGCUCCGGGAAUUUCUGUCCCUCGAGGCGUAAUUGGAGUUGUUGGGCCUUAUGGUAGGGCUUACAUAAAUCCCAAUGAAAAGCGCGAGUUUAUGCUGGAAGAAGAGCUAGAAGAGGUUGAAGAUAUUUCAAUGCGGGAAGACAUUUCUACUGCCGUUGACUCCAUUGACGGAAGAUACAAGUCUGAAGAUGAUAAAGACAGUCAUAUUGUGAAGAAAGAGAUCAAUCGCAGACCCAAGUGGAGGGUUAUCAGUGAGAUUGAUGAAGAAGAAAUAAUUAAAGAGAUUACUAUGGAUAAAGAAACUCUUGAUUCCCACCAAGAAAUCGAUGAUAUCUACGGUGAUAAACUGCCGAAAUAUAUUCCUAAAGACAAUUAUGAUAACGCAAACAAUGAACCGCAUGACCGUGAUAGCUUGAAUGAAACUGGAAGCACAACAGGCGGCACAGCAGAGGGCAAUCCAGGAAACAACCGCAGUGAUAAAGCUGGCCCUAGUGAACCAGCAGAUACUAAUCAAAGUGCUAAACCAACUUCCACGACGGCACCACCCCGAUCUCUCGUUUCUAGGAUUCUCGCACGCGCGAGAUCUCCUGACGAUCUUUUAGACCAACCAGAGCCUUACUCCCAACUAUGGAUUGUCCUGUCAAACGUCUACGGAGAGCUGAUAAUAGUCCUGAUGAUGGCACUGUGCCUAGCAGAAGUAAUGGAUACUCCUGUUCAACUAUUAACCCUCCAGAGUGUGUUUCUGAUGUAUCUCUACGUUGGAAGUAUAAUCGUAAUAAUAAGUAUUUACCUUUGGGUGCUGGUCGACAGCUGUGGAAGUCUGUCAGGUAGCAGAGAUGACAUCGAGCUCGGCGGGACCUCGCUCACGAGAUUUGGUUCCCUAAAACAAGCUCACAUUUCACGGUCUCGCACCGCUCCAACAAGUUUCUACAUCCGUGUCGGAGCUUUACUAUUCGGUCUGGCGACGCUGGUCUUCAAUGGGUUGGAAAUGGCGAUGCAUUCAUUGAUGCAAGGAGCUGAGUGUCUUAAUGAUAUAGUUUUCGUUCACCCAGCUCUCCAUGGGAUGUUUACUUUUUUACAAAUGCACUUUCUUUUUGUUAACUCACAGGUGUUGGUAGAACGCUUUGGAUUAGCAGCGAGAUUCGGUUUCAUUCAUUUAGCUGCUACGAAUAUCGCUGUUUGGGCACGUCUUGUUAUUUGGGAUUCUGCGUUAGAGUGGACGUACUUUGUACACUUAGCACAAAGAGGACAGGAUCAGACGUCUUCUCUGAGUCUAAAAGGUCUUUCUGGAUCACUUACUAGACAUACUCGCGAUAUUUUUGGACAUUCUUCAGAAUAUGUCGUUGGAAAAUACCAACCAAUAUCAGAUGAAAAAAUUGCACAGGUAGUUACUCUUCAAGAGUGCUUAAACACCAACACGUUAGGCCAAUUAUGGACAUCAAGCAUGUCGUUUCUUUACCCUUUUAUUGUACAAUUUAGUUUAAUAGCAGCAGCAGUAACGUUUGUGAUGGGUCAAAACGUAGGAAGAAAUCGUUUCUCCCACAAGCAAAAAUUCCACAGCGUGAAAGACUUGACAAGUCACACGCGGGUAGGCUGCGACGGAGCAAGUAAAGGUCUCUUUCUCGGGAUCUUAAGUAUGACAGCUGGAAUAGUAGUGAUUUUAAUCUUUCUGGUAGUACGUGAAGACGAAAACUUUCCACCUGCGACGCUGUCUUGGCUCACAAGCGGAACGCUGAUAGGAAUUUUGUCACUGAGCGGAGUGAUGACAGCCAGUGGUCUAGUUCAAGUAAGACAAAUGUCGAUAGUCUCGCGAGCACCUGCCUCGCUGGACAACAUUUUGUCAAACAUAGCGAUCUUCGGUGUACAACUUUAUUCCAUAUUUACCGCGGUGGUCUGUGCCUGUUUCUUGGCAACUGUCGACGGAGAGCAUGAGACAGACAGUCGCGGCCGACAUAUCAUGCUGCUGACAGCGUCAGUGCUCCAGCUGGUCCAGUGUUUUGCUCAGAGCACGCUGAUAGCCGAGGCGUCAAAGAGAUCUUGCAUCACUCGGUACCAAAUGAUGACCAAGCCCGCCCGUCAAGUCAUCACCUUUUUGCUGUUCAGCAAUGCAGUGCUCUGGGCCUUUGACACGGUGGUCACUCAGAAUUGGGUCUCGCAAGAGAUCCAGCUCAGGUUCUUCGGCGUUCUGGCCUGGGGAAUUAUUUCUAGGAUUUGUGUACCCUUGCUGGUGUUCUACAGAUUCCACAGCUGUGUUUUGUUGUUGGAGAUCUGGAAUAAGUGCUACAGAACUCCCAGAGGAGAGUUACCACUCAACUGACGGCACGUCUCGUCGCAACGUUCUAGACCUCAGUCAAGCAAACACCGCACUAACAAAAAAAGGAAGCAAGUAAAACUGGAAUGUCCGACCCACCGAAUGCCCAGUGGCCUAGCUUGCGAUCCAAACCCUCUUUUCAUCGACGACUCAAUCCACUAC